AUGAGUUUCCUUUCCAAAAUGGCAGCGCCGUUUUGCCACUCCCUCCUUGGAAGCGAGACCGAAAGGAGCUGCUUGCCCGUCAGUUUGGUCGACACUCCUCCGUACAGUAGGCUGUACGUCUUACUGGGCAAGGAUGUGGUGAAGGAGGAGAUCCUGGACCACUUUGCCCCUUUCGGCGACAUCCAGAAUAUCCUGGUAUUGUGGGACAAGCGCACUCAGAAGCCGAAAGGCAUCGUGUACAUUAAGUACGCCCUCAGCUCGCAGGCCUGCCGGGCCAUGGAGGAGAUGAACGGCAAGCGCUUGUCGCCCAGCGCCCGGCCCAUGAAGGUGUUCAUGGCACAAGGCAUUGCUUCUGGAAAGGCUAACGUUGACAUUGAAUUGCUUACUCAAAUAUGCAUUGUCAUUCCGAACACUUUUACAGAGAAAACCCUCAGGGAUGUAUUUAAGGUCUAUGGAAAUGUUAUAUGCAUCAUCGUCAGGAACAACGUCCUCCCAGAAAAUAAAGUAUUGGCAUACAUAAGAUUUUCAAAGGCAUUCUACGCUGCCUUGGCAAUAGAAGAGUGUGACAAAAAUACUAGGGAAGCCGUCUGCCCUUUGAACCAAUGCCUGACUUCAGUGAUGGACUGGAUGAAGUGGGAAUUUACCUAUGUUGGACGGGGUUGCACUACCCCUGAAGACCCAGGUUCGCAGUUUGGGUGUGCUUCUGGAUUCGGCUCUGAACCUGGAGGCCCAGGUCUCGGCGGUAUCCAGGAGUGCUUUUGCCCAGUUAAGACUGGUCCGCCAACUGCACCCGUUUCUGGAGAUACCCGACUUGACGAAGGUUACCAAGCUGCUUGGGUCGAUGUUAAAAUUACCCCUCUUGAAUCUUGGGAACGUAUAUCCUGUGUGAAUAGUCCAAAAGAACAAACAAAUAGAAAUGAAGUACAAGGGAUCAACUUGAUUACUUUGGGUCCCAAGGCCACUUCGACAGAGCAUGUGACAAAGCCACCGGAAUCCCAUGAACAUGAAUUCUGUGUGAGUAGCACAAAACAAGAGAUCAAUAGCCUUGGCACGCAAAGGAACAAGUCUGAUGGUUGCAGGACCACUUUGAGCAAGCCUAUGACCAAACCACCUGAAUACCAUGAACAUGAACACUGUGUGAGUAGCUUCAACCAGGAAACCAACAGUCAUGAAAUAUGUGGGAGCAGUUUACUUGCUUCAGAACAACCGCCAGACCUGGCAAGCUUGGAAAGGAGUGGUAUCAGAAGCCAAGAAUCUGUCUCUAGGCGCUUAUUAGUGAUUUCGCAGUUCCCCUUUGAACAAGAGCAACUAUCCAGACUCUUUGAUAUCAUCCCAGGAUUGGAAUCUUGUGAAACUCAUUGGGAUCCUUACAAUAACAGCGCACAUGCAGUGAUUCAGUACAGUAAUGGUGCAUCAGCGAUAUAUGCCAAAUACAAACUGCAAGGUUUUGAAUAUCCUUUUGGAAAUCGGCUGGUUGUCCAGGAAGGUUGUUCCGGGAAGGAGAACUGUUGUGCACAACAACUAGGGAGCCAUUUGGCUCGUACAAUAUGUGCGCAGGCUGUAGAGCAACUACCACCAUUGAAAUCAACGGAGAAGGUUUGCCUCAUCGCGCAGAUGGCAACAGAGUUGGUGACUUUACAACUACCAUCAAUAAUAGAGGAUAAUAAUUUGGCUUCUCAGCUUCUGAAGUCCUCUCAGUCCAGUAGUCCUUCACCUCAGCUCCAAACGGACACCGAACGUCCAUCUAACAAGAGGAAAGCUCCCUUUGAUUCUUCUGUGCGGGAAAGGCUUUUCAUAAUGUUUAAUCCCCAUCCCUUACCUCAAGAUGUAUUGGAUGAUGUAUUAAGUCAGUUUGGGAAUUUUAUAAACAUUUACCUUAUCCCCGGGGGAAACGUGGGCUAUGCCAUGUUUGCAGACAAAGCAAGUGCUAGCAAUGCUAUAGCGGCGCUACACGGCAAGACUGUGAAUGGCGUUAAGUUGAAGGUGGUCCUGGCAGACUCGCCCACAGAGGACUCCAGUAAACGUCAAAGAACAGUGUGACCAAGUGGAACAUCAGGGCCCUUAACAAGUGGGCUGAAAAUGUGACUUCACUUGCGACUGUGACAAGCUUUUCUUUGUGCUGGAGUUGAUAAGCCCACAUUUGUGGAGAUUUUUGUAUAUAAAUUAAUUGAACUUUUAACUUUUCUUGUAAGCAAAAUAUCCUUCUAGGGUGCAGAAAUAAAUUGUGAUUUCCUCCUGAAAAUAUGCCUCUAAUAUGGAAGAUUCUAACAAAGAAAUUAAAAUAUAUGUGGAGGCAUUAGUGGGUUUGCUCAUUGCUUGGGCUGCUAAUACUAAACAAUGGUAGUGGCUUACUGUUGAAGCAGAGAAUAUAUGGUUCCUAUGGUAUCUGUUAACUUCUCUGACAGGGAGGACUGUGCUGGAAAAUUUUGCCACCACAUGGUCAAUGGUUUACUUAGAAAAUGGGUGGGGAAUCUCCAGGUGAAACAUGGCCUCCCAGGGGGUCCAGUUUGGCCUACAGUGCCAUUUUCUCCAAACAAUGUGCAUCAGCUGACAUCACUGGUGACAUCAACAGAUGGGUGGGAGGAUAGAGGUUAAUCCUCGAUUGGCUGCAUGAUCGUGUUCCCAGCAGACUUUUGCAAAGGCUUUAAGACAGCUCCUGCACUCCUGUUUACUCAAACAGGAGUGCAGGAACUAUCUUAAAGCCUUUUGGAAGUCUCCCCACCCCCUUUAAGUCCCCAGUUGUGGAGACUUAAAAGGGAAGCACAAGGGAUUUUGACAGGUGAGCAGGCCCACAAGACAGAUCUUGAUAAGGAUCUGGCCUUUGGAGCCAAAAAGGUUCCCCACCCCUGACUUAGAAAUACAUUUUUGUGUUAGGAAAUAAUAAAAAUUGGGAUACUAAUUAGACCAUUGAUUGCAAAGAGCUUUCAGGACUGUAUGUGACUGGUGAACAACACUUUACCUUCCCCUCUUAAACUGUUGCACAACUUUUUGUUCCAACUAGCAAACGCCACUGACUCAAAAUUACAAUUUAUAUGUACAUAAAAUGCCAAAGAUGUGUAGAUGGAUACCAAGAGGGAAUAAGGGCACUGUGGACUCCUUAUGUAUUAGGUCUGGACUGCUUAACUACAAAAACUGCUGAAUGGAAAACAUGUAGAAUGACUGAUUACUUGAAUUAUGCUAGGACUUUACUAGACAUGUUUUCCUUUUUGCACAGCUGUUGUAUAAAUUCCCCAUAGCAAAAUAUAUAUAACUUCUUAAUUAUUCUUUCUAUUGAAUACAGGGUUCUUUGUGGCUGCAGUGUACAGCCACAUGUUGGUUUUACACUGCACUGAGCAACAUCUGGAACCUUGUAAAGCAGCUUUUGCCAACAUGUUACUCUCAAUAUUUUUUUGGGUUUCAGCCAGAACUUGCUAAAGGGAGUUGUGGUGCAAAACAUCUGGGGAGCACUGAGUUGACCACUAGAUAAUAAAAUGUUUCAGUAUGAAGACCCACCCUCAGGGAAUGUGCACUAAGAGGCACACACAUAUAUAUUUGUAUAUAACCUUGUAUAUAUUUUGUAAAGAGUUUUUGGGUUACAUUUUGACCCUCAUUAACCAGUUCUUUUUUUUAUAGUUCUCCAUUUUUUGCGACUGUCAUUUUAUAGGUGUUCUGUUGUUAAUUUGGAUUUGUUAGAUAUAUUUUUCUUGAUAUAUAUGUU